AAUAUCAGCGCAGGGCUGAACUUAAGGUGGUUGGACCCUUAGUGCAGCUUCCAGAACAACCCUGAACCUCAUCGAGCUGAACAACAGAGAUGAUGGGACUUUAAACAUGAGCUCAGACUUAUAGUUUCUCAGUGUGCAAAGUUAAAAACGAAGAUUCUGCUCUCAGAGGGGAAAAGUUUAACUACUUUGCUGUGGAUGCGGAGAUGCGCAGAAGGUGAUCGGGAUCCUCGUUGCUUCUACAGACCUCAACGAGUAAUCAAAACGCCAUGAAAGACAACUUUGGAGACGAGGAGGAAGUACAGUCUUUUGGAUACAAGAGGUUCGGGAUCCAGGAGGGCACCCAGUGCACAAAGUGUAAGAACGAAUGGGCGCUGAAGACCUCUAUAGCUCUGCUCUAUGUGUUGUGCACCCUCCUCACCAUUGCUGUUGCUGCUCUUGGAUAUAAAGUGGUGCAAAGAGUCGACAGUGUGUCUGAAGGUAUUGCCAACUAUGGAGGAAAGAUAAUUGCGGUUGAGACAAAUCUAAAAAAACUUGAUGAUCAAACGGAAGAGAAGUCAGAGAAUACCACCACAGAGAUCCAGGCUUUCAAGAGCAACAUCUGGGCUCUGCAGAAGCAGCUGUCUGUGGUGCAGGAACACGUCCACACCGAUCAAGUCAAGUUGAAUCAGCUGCAGGGCAUCGGUUCAGAGAUUCAGAGCAGCCAGGGCACCAUUCAGGGACUGCUCAACAGCAACACAGCCACCCUGCGCUCAGUAAACGGCACCCUGCAGUCUUAUGGAAGCAUCAUUGACAGUCUGAAGGGGGACACAGCUAGACUGCAGAGGGAGCUCCAGCAGCAAGUGAAACUACAAAACCAGGCACUGCUCAGUAUCAGCAAUCUGAACUUUACUCAAGCCCAGCAGAGAGGCCUUAUUGCAGCCCUGCAGCGGUCGGUUGAUGAAACCAGCCAGGCAAUACACAAAAUGCGCAGUGACUAUCAGAACUUGGAGCAGAUGUCACGUCAGACAAGUUCUGAUGGAGAAUGGCUUCGUGGAAAAAUGGAAAAUCUGCAAGUUUUAGCCAGCAAUACCUUAGUUCUGGCUAAAGCCAACAAUGAAAGCCUGGAGGAUGUGGAGACACAGCUCGCCUUUAUGACCAACCAGCUGCAGAACACCAGCAGCUUGGCUGAGGCUCAUGACCAGACGCUAAGGCAGAUCAUGGACCAGCAAAGAGACUUUAGCAAUGUCACCUCCACAAAGUUUGACCGGAUGGAGAUGCAAGUGGACGAGUUGGAGGAAAAUAUGGAUCGUGUGUCUGGCAACCUGAGCUUCACCACACAACUUCUGGGAGCCAUAAACCUAAACCUCAAUGACUUACGCAGCUGGUCCGAGACCCUCGGCCGUCACUCAGAUGUCCUGCAGAACCUCAACAACAGUGUGACGGAUGUGAGGACGGAUACAUCCAGCCUGAAGUUACAGCAGCAGGACCUAGCAGCUCGUUUAGACAAGGAGGUCACCAGUCUCUCUAUUAUCAUGGAGGAGAUGAAGCUGGUGGACACCAAACACUCACAGCUGAUAACAAACUUCACUAUCUUACAGGGCCCACCUGGUCCGAGAGGACAAACAGGGGACAGAGGACCUCCAGGACCACCUGGUCAGACAGGAUCAAAGGGAGAGAAAGGAAUGAAAGGACCCACAGGAAUGAGAGGACCUAGAGGAGAGCUGGGUUCACCGGGACCUCCAGGUCUACCAGGUUUAAGAGGCCUCCCUGGUUUACCAGGGAGCCCUGGACCUAAAGGCUCUCGAGGGUCAGGGGGCAGAGCUGGACCUCCGGGAGCAAAGGGAGAGCCGGGGCCUGCCGGUCUACCAGGAAGAGAUGGUCAGCCUGGUGUGCCUGGACCACAGGGCCCGCCAGGAAUCCGUGGACCAAUUGGACCAGCUGGGGAACAAGGUCCCAGGGGACUUCCUGGGCCAGUUGGGGCUCCAGGGCCUGCAGGACCACCAGGCCUACCAGCAUCCCAGAGUCCAGCACUUUCUUUUUCCCCAGUCUUACAACAGGAUGAGGCAGUUUCUCCAGCUUUGUCAGCUCCAGGUUGCCCUCUUGGUUGGUUAAACUACAAAAACAAGUGCUACUUUUUUUCUAAAGUCAUGCACAGUUUUAAUGAUUCGAAGACAAACUGUGAAUCAAAAUCAGCAACCUUGCUGAUCAUCUGUGAUGAAGAAGAACAGAAAUGGCUGGAGAGGCAAAUAGUCCAUAAAGGGUACUUCUGGAUGGGUUUGACGGACAGAGAGGAGGAGAAUGUGUGGCGCUGGGAGGACGGCACGGUUCCCACUUUCACGAAGUGGAAGCCCGGACAGCCAGACAACUGGGGCCACCAGCAUCAGUCAGGGGAAGACUGCGCGGGCCUCAUCCAUGAAGGCCUGUGGAACGAUUUCUUCUGUGAAGAUUCCAUUCACUUUAUCUGUGAGAAGAAACUUGAGACCUCAAGAUCUUAGCAGGGCAUUGAAUCAAGAACCCAAGUGAGCAGCUUUACUUUGUCCAUGACUGAUGGACUACCAAGGUGGACAGUCUGGACUGAGAGAAAACAGACUUUGGGAAGUCAGAGACAAUUCAAGUGGAGACCAGGGGCUCCAGCAGAAAACAGAUUUCUGAAACAGAGUCCUCCAAAGUGAAGUCAAAGCAUCAUUACCAGCAAGUGCAAUACAGCCCGACAUCCAAACGGAGGACAAACUGUUAAAAUCCGUUGCUGUUCUUUUUUUUUAUAUACAACAUUUUAUAUACCUGUACAACUACACAUCUGUUAGUUUCAUUAGCCAAGUUUUGUAAGGAAGUAUAGGGGCUAUAAAGGUCAAAAGGACUGUAUUUCUGUAUAUUUCAGAUUACAACGUGCAAAAGGAUGCACAAAAAGUCUGCAGCAGAUAUGCUAUCUUCACUGAAACGUUUAUCUAACCUCGUGAAUGUUUAUGUACAAUUUCACUAAAACAUAAAUAUAAUAAAGGUACAUGUCAUUUUAGGAAAAUGUUAUAAUCAAAUAGAUUUUUUUUUUUGCACGAAUCAGGCUUUUUCUGUCCAACACCGAUUUAGGGUCUGACCUGGAGAUUUUAUUUCUAAGGGCUAGAACACCUAAAUGAGAAAAAAAAGCUCUAGGCUCUUUAAUAGAGGUACUGGUUUCGAUUUUUAGGUAAGAUUUGCAAGAAUAUUCUAAUUUACGACUCCAUGCAUCGUUGCCAAAUCUGAAUCAGAUAAAGAGCAUAACAUUAAUGUUGCAGUCCAAUAAAUUAGAGAAUAUUACAUAAAACUUAGUUUUAGUAUUUUGAGGAAAAGGAGAUAAACCUUAUACAGCUUCACUGAUGAAAAAGUGGUUUAUUUUAAGCAUUUCAUUCUAUUAUUCUUAAUGGUUUACAACUAAUCAUGAGUUGUAACUCACAAAACAUCAAAAAUCAUUUUAUUAAGAAGUCAUGACCAUAUGUUUCUGUUCUGUACAAUUUUGCACUAAGUACUUCAGCAUGGCUCUGUUGCAUGCAAUGUUACAUCAAUAGAUGUAUUUAGACAACCUGUAGCUCUGCUCUGCCGAAGUGUUAAGAAGGCGCAGGUAGCUUUAGCUCCUCUGCAUUUUUGGCCUUGAUGUCAUCUCUUCCUCUUUGGGAUAUUCCAAAUAUAUCUCAGGGGAUCAAGUCCCUCUAGUGAUUCUCCUUAAUUGCUUACAGCAAAGGGAAGCAUGGAGUUUCCCUAUUAACAACUGCGCUGACUUUGCACCUGAUAAAAACACAGCUAACCAACACCAGCAGACAUGAUGUUUUUUUCUCCUCUAUUUAUCCAGGUAAGGUGGUUCUGAUGGUUUUUUUAUGGUUCAAGAGUGUUUUUUUACACAGUUAUAGUCUGUGUUUGGUCGCUCUUGAAGCAUAAAAUCUCCCUCAAACAGAGUUUUUUGCUUUGUUUUAAGGCUCCUCUUGCCGUCUAUGCUUAUCUUUGCUUGCACAUCUCUUUCUAUCAGUUUUGUUCUUUUUAAUAACCUGUCCACUAGUACAGAAUGAUGGGAUAUAUGUUAUCUGAAACCUUUUCUACUUAAACUCUAGAUGAAGAACCAGACGUCUGCAGCACAGCUGUCUUCCAUGUGACUGUUUGGACUUUAAUGUAUUCUUUCUCUAUUGAAAUCUUUGUUAGCUGUAAACCAUAAUCUGAAAUUAAACAGCAAAACUAAAUGCUU